AUGGACCCGGUUUGCAAAUCUUCCGUGAACAAAUUUGCUAACGGGCCCCUCCACGAUGAACAGGCUCGCAACAGCGAAAAGGCGCAGUCCAUGCUGUUCCGCUUCCGGGCGCAACAAGCAGCGGACAUGGGCAUCAUUGACCUCGGACGCACACGACGACCCAAGGCCAUCACAAGCGUCGACUCCGUCCCGACAUGCGAGCGCUGGCGCGGCCAGGUUCUUAAAGAAGUUUCCCGCAAAGUGUCACGCAUUCAAGAGCUCACCUUGAGCGAUUAUCAAAUUCGCGACUUGAACGACGAGAUCAAUAAGCUCAUGCGCGAAAAAUGGGCGUGGGAAAUGCAAAUCCGGAAUCUAGGCGGUCCGAACUACAUGCGUGGGUCCGGUCGGGUCUACGACGACGAAGGCCGUGAGAUUCCGGGCGGAGGAAAGGGUUAUCGGUACUUUGGUCGUGCCAGAGAGUUACCUGGUGUCAAGGAGAUGUUUGAGGCCGCGGCGCGCAAGGCCAGAGGUCCUACCGAGGAGGAGGGUGCUGGGGCUGGUAGGGGUGGUGAGAUCGCGACGAGGAAAGUCGAUGCCAAUUACUUUGGAUACGGUCUCGAUGAGGAGGAUGGAACACUCCUCGCCUACGAAAAGUCCAAGGAGAAAGAAGCUGUCGAACAUCUGCGUGAGCAGAAGGAGGAUGACGCUGAGGAUGGCUGGGAGUCUUUACCAGGCGAUGCGGGUGACGGCGUGGAAUGGCGGCUUCCUACACUAGAAGAGGUGCAAGAGGAACUCGUGGAUCGACGACGCAGACGUCUGCUAGACAAGAUCUCUUAA